CUAGAUCUAGCUCCAGUUGCUCUCCAGUCAAGCGGUUUCGUUCUAAACUCAGCACAGGUACUCUACAUCAACACAAGACUCUCUGAACGACUUCUCGUCCCACAGUGAAGCUCUGCACGGCCGUUAGUGAACUUACUUCAACUAUGGUUUUUACCGUGACAAUCCGCCACAAAAACGAUCAUUACACAAACAUAUCCAGCUAGCUAGAUCUAGCUACUUCUCUACCCUACUCUUCUCACAAUAUGUAGUGUACAUCCACACAAGACUCUCUGGCCCAUUUCGGAUCUCACAAAGAGGUUCUACACUGUUUUUAUUGAAUACACAAACCUAGCUUUCUUACGUGACGAUCAUUACGCAACAAAAGAAAUUACGUCAUAAGCCAAGCAAGACUAAAUUACGUCAUAAGCCAAGCAAAAUUUAAUGCUGAGCGAGGAUUGCACCAUGUACCCCUAGUUAUAAUGACAAUUAUUUCAAUUGCCUCAUUCAACUUAUACUCGCUAGAUUUACAUUGAAUUAGCCAUUAGCACAGCAAUCAAAUACACGCAGCAAUAACAAUGAAUUCAAUAGAUCUACUUCAGCACGCGCAGCUGUUAAUAUUACGUACUGUAAUAAUAAUAUUAUAAUGACAGUUUUCAGCAUAGUCAGUAUAUAUACUUUAUUUGCCAAUUGGAUCAAGUGCAUGGCUGCUGGUGGUUGAAAGGCAAAAAGCAGCAGCAGAAAUUCGGCCCACAGCCCUUCCAAUAGUAAUUGCAUUUGACUUCAGCCGAAGCAAGACCAAGUGUUGAUGAACCGACGUCUCCUGCAGGAUUAGUAGCUGGGUGAUUCCUGUACACAUGGAAUGCAGCUAUGCAUUUGUAGCGAUGAGGCUGCUGGCAAAUUAUGGCUAUUGCAGAUGUCGUGACAGUUGUGUUUUGCAGUGGGUCCACCAACACCUUUGGGGUGCUCACAACCACGACCAACAGUGUAGACAACUCCAAAUCCUGCAUGGUACGUAACUGCUGCAGCCUGACACAUCGACUGGGCCAUUUGAUCCUCCAUAGUGGGAGUUGGUGGUAUGCAAUUCCCUGUCCCCUGCAUGCACAAGUGCAUGUAUGCAGAUAUAGAAGAGAAUGUAUGAUUACUUUUGCAUGCAUUUAUAUAGUAUAUAUACCUAGGCCUGCUGCAUUGCAUUGUCGUCAUUCAUUUCCCUCAGCAUAGCAGUAAGUAUGGACUCUACAUUGGCACAUACAGUAAGUUGUAGCCAGCAGACAAGCAGCUAGAACAACGAUCUGUAUAGGGUCUUCAUUUUGCUUGAAUGUGCAUGUGAUAUAUUAGUUCUAUUUUGGCCAGUUCGCUAUCAAGCUGCUAUAAUGAGUUCCUUUCAAAUUGUGUACUAGUUUUAUACCUACAAUGUAUUAGGCCAUAAUUAUAUGAUGAUGACUGCAUGAUGAACCAUGGUAGCUGUACCAUCAUCGACUGUAUAGUGCUGCAUGCGUGAAACCUUAAAUUCUGUGUGCAAAUUCAGCAUAAACUUCCAAAAUUGUAUUUGCACUCCUAUACAACAGCUUUAUUGAAAGGGUCAUUAGUGUAGGAUCGAGCUUAUAGGGCUUAUUUCUGAAAAAAUAACUUUAUGGAAGGCAUUAAGCAAAAUUUGCGAGCGAAACUUUUUUCGCCAUCCACUUAUAAUGCUGUAUCAGUGUAUGUGUAUACCGUAUAGCGGGUAAUUUUCAUGGGGCAAAAUAUUCGUGGUUUUCGUGGUUGGAGGUCUGACCACGAAUAUUUUACUCAUGAAUGAAGCGACCUUGCCUACCUUUACCUGCAGUGCAAGCACAGCUACCACGAAAAUAUUACCCACGAAAUGUCUCAAUAUUGCUGAACCACGAAUAAUUUGUCCCCCGAAAAUUACCCGCUAUAUACAGUAUACAGUGAUUAUCCAUUAAUUUUAUGGGGAAAAAACCUAAAAGUGACUUGCGGUUCCAUCCGGUCAACACUACACUGUUUUAAUACUUCACUGGUAACUAUUCAUUUGGCUGAACUAGUGCAUUAUCAUUGACCGGGAAGCCCUAAUGUAGGGGCUGAAUUUUCGCCGCUGUUUUUGUGGGUUAGCCAUCUAUAACGUGCGAAGUUGAAGGCGUGGCCUGGGAGUGUUUCCGGUAAACAGUCAACCCACGAAAUUAAUUAGUGACUCGAACAUUGCACACUAAAAUACGGUACGAGUUUUCACUUUUAUAUCAGAUUGGCAAAUAACUAACUCGGCAUAUGGGGAGUGAGCGGACUAGUGCAGUUCUAGCUAUUAGAGUGCGAAGCAUCUUAUACAGUGAACUUGAACCUCUCCAGAUCCUCUGACUGCAGAGGGCCUGGGGUACGACAUACGCGAGGCGCAGGAGUAGUAUAUAGCUGUUAGACGAUCAAGGCUAUAAUUAUAAUCUUAGAUUGUAUAGCCUCAAUUUCAGGUUCUAUUAGGGUGCCUAUACGUAUAUUACUGUCUAUCUUCUAAAACAGAAGCUGAGCUGGUGGCUACGUGUAGAUGCAUUUUAGAUAUUAUGGUACCGUAUGCUGGUAAUAAUUUUCGAGGGCUAAUAUUGCAUUUCGUGGAUUCCAGCAAGCCACGAGCAUUAAAAGCUCAAUAUACAAGUCUGUUAAAAAAGUGGAACCUCCGAAUAAAAGGACGAUUUGGGAGCAGAGUUUUUCUCUUCUUUUUUGAGGGUUCAAAAUCGUUCUUUACUCUGUUUCCAUUAAGCUCCUUUUCUAAACACACACUUUUUGACCGAAGCGAAUUCGAAACAGGCCUCAAGGCAGUUUUUGCCUUGUGGCAUCAUUAUUAACAUGUUGUGUACAUACACUAUAUAAAAAGUAAAUUUGGGAAACAUUAGUUUAGAUAACUCUGAAGUAGAAAGCUAUACGUACAAGUCACUUUCUGUAAAGAGAACUUUUGUUAUGAAGUAUAGGACAUAAUUAUAAAAGCAGUUAUAGUUAUCAAGCCAAGAUUGCACUUGACUAUCUACUCUUGUUCCAACGGCCAGCUUAUCAUGCUACAGAUCAAUGUUCUUGUGAUAUUCAUAGCAAUUUCAAAGACUGUACUCUGCAGCUUUGACGUUCAGUUGAAUACCACUUCUGGGUCAGGUACCUAUGCUGCAUGUGGCAUUGUGCCAUGGACCAAGCCAAGUGGCACAGGCUGUGUGUGCUUAGAUGACAAGUACACCUUUGAUGGCAAAUUAAAAUGUGAUGAAAACACACAGUAUUUGUCUGUAUUGGAUUGCUAUUGUAUGACCUACGACCCAAUCAGUGAAAGUAUUGAUGUAGGGGCUUGUGUUCAAAAUUGCAUGAAGCUAGAGCAGCAUUUAGAGGAUGCCCUUUACCACUGUCACACCCCUCCUCAAAAAAACUCUCUUCCUUCUAUCAAUGAGAAAAUGUGUGAGAAGAAAUUCAACAGAGCUGGGCGAUUGUGUGGUAAAUGCCUUCCUGGCUUUUCACCAUUGGCUUAUUCAUACAACUUAACCUGUGUGAACUGCACAGAAGGAAACAGAAAUAUGUGGAAAUAUUUCGUUUUUUCUCUACCUCCCACUACUUUGUUUUUUUUCAUCAUUUUGUUUUUUAAAAUCAAUACGACAUCAUCACACUUACAUGGGUUUGUCAUUUUUGCUCAAGCAUUAGCUCUACCAGAAUUUGGCCGCCUCAUCAUACUGACCUUAGACUCACAGCCAAAUUUGGAAAACCCUGUAAAAUUUUUAGGGUCUCUAUUCUGCUUGUGGAAUCUUGAUUUCUUAAAAAUGUUUGACUGGGGAAUAUGCUUAGACAUGCAACCGUUGUCAGUGAGAGCACUAGACUACACCAUUGCUGUUUAUCCAUUUAUUCUUAGUGCUGCUUCAUACAUACUGAUCGAGUUACAUGAUAGGAAUGUACGGAUAAUAGUACUAAUCUGGAGACCAUUUCGUUGGAUUUUCACUCUGUUUCGUAGGAACUGGGACAUUCGCACUUCUAUCAUAGAUGCAUAUGCCACAUUCUUUCAACUUUCUUGUUUUAAGACUCUUUGUAUUUCAUUUGAUCUUCUCAUACCCACUUACGUAUACACGGUUGGCCCUAGUGAAUCAGACAAGGACACAACACUAGUGCUCUAUUAUGAUGGAACAGUGGAUUUUUUCGGAGAGGAGCAUCUUCCAUAUGCUGUUUUAGCUAUCACUUUUCUGCUGGUUUUUACUAUCCUUCCGAUUGUGAUUCUUUGUAUUUAUCCAUGUGGCUGUUUCCAGUACGUAUUGAAUCAUUUUAACCUCAAUUUUAAUAUUGUUCGUGCAUUCAUGGAUUCCAUUAAUGGCUGCUACAAGGACGGUACUGAGCAAGGAACCAGAGAUUAUCGAUGGUUUGCCGCUGUUGAUAUUUUGUCCAGACUGAUAUUAUUUUUGGUAUUUCUAUUUACUCGUGGAAGCCUUUACUUUCCACUGGGUACCAUAGUGAUUCUUUUUAUUAUUCUUUUACUCAGCCAUGUACAACCCCACAAGAAGAGUUUAUCUCACUAUACUAAAAUUGAUGUGACAUUCUACUGUCUACUAGCACUCUACUAUACUGCUCUUAAUUCUACGGACAUAGCUACAGUAAAAGCAAGACAAUUUACAAUGGUGUGCUUUGUGAUUUCACUAGUAGUCGCCUUUAUACCGUUGCUGUAUAUAACAUGCCUCUCAGUUUACUGGAUAGUCACAAGAGCACAAAGAAGAUGUUUGGAAACAAUAAUUAGCCGUAUCCGACCAUUAAGAAUAGGAUAUGAUAAUCUGGAAGAUUCUCUCGCAGAUCGAGUAAUGAAUCCUGACCAAUACGCUAGGGAUGAUACUGACAGUAUUGCUGUCAGUAGCAAAUCUAGAAUUCGUGUUUCUGAUACUUAAUUAUUCAAUAUUAUACUGCAGUGUGUUGCAUGCAAACUAUACUAAACUUCCGAUUAAGGAAAACCUCA